CAUUUUUCCGAAGGUGGGAGUGAGCAUCUGGAGGCGCUGGCUGCUUGUGGAUAUUGAGGAGGCAUGUGGAAUUGGGAAAUGGCUCCGUGGAAAAUGACCUCCAUGAUGUGGAAUACCCUUCUUCCAAGUGUUCUGCUCCUCUCUGUUCCACCUUGUGUCGUUGGAAACAAGGUCUUCCUCACGGCUCUUGUUGGGACCGAGGUACUGAUCCCGUGCCAGCUAACACCAGAGAGGGGGAGGUUAGCACUACUUUCCUGGGAAAAAGAACAUCAGGAGAAGGCCAUCGCUGUGUAUAGCCCGAGGCUUGGGUUUACUGUCCAAAAUGAAAACUAUUCCGGACGGAUAGAGUUGAGAAACCAAUCUGCCCUGGAUGCAUCAAUCCUAAUAAAAGCGUUGGAAAUGCAGGAUGAGGGGAAUUAUACCUGUGAUCUUGCGAUAUUCCCUGAAGGAAAACUGAGAAAAGCCAUCCAUUUAACGAUUCUAGCGGUUCCCACCAACACAGCGACAUCGGUCCCAGCAAAGGCUGGACUCUCCGAGGUCCCUGUGGCUCAGUGUAUUGCGGCCUUUGGGAAACCAGCAGCAGAUAUCACCUGGAAAUCCAGUCUCCAUGGGAACCACACCACCAUCCAGACGGCCAACAGCAACGGGACAGUGACUGUCAGCAGCCUGUACAAGCUGAGACCACGUCGUUCAGACAAUGGUCAAACUGUGGCGUGUUUUAUCACUCACCCAGCAACAGACAGCAGCAAGACAUACCGCUUACAACUGGAGAUCUCCUACCCCCCAGAGGUGACUAUAACGGGAUAUGAUCAGAGCUGGAGUGUAAACAGCCGCAAUGUUGUUGUGACAUGUCACGCAGAUGCCAAUCCUCCAGCGACAACGUACACAUGGCGAGGGUUACCAGAAGGAGCGGUGAUCAAUGAUGAAACGGUCUUCAUUGGGGAAAUGAGCGCUCAGGCAAACGGCAACUGGACGUGUGAAGCUACCAACACAAUUGGGACAGGGGUGGGCCGGUUGGAAGUUUUGCUGAGACCGAGCGAUACAGGCCCUUCUGACAAUCUGAAGCUAAUUAUAAUAAUCGCUGUGAUUGCGGGAGUCCUUGUCUUGGUGUUCAUUCUGGUGCUGAUCUGGCUGAAGAGAAGAAGACAGGAGACAAAGGCUCACUCUCGGGACACCUCCCUCCAGACUCAGGGCGAAGAAACGAUUGUGUACGCCUCGCUGGAUCUACACGCCCUGAAAGAUGCAUCUGCGCACAGACCGCGUGGUCAAGCAGAGGAGUCCACUGUGUACGCAGAUAUUAAGCACCAUUGGCGUUCAUGAGCGCUAAUGCAGUGCAGUCAGUACUCCCCAUGAGUAUUUCCCUCCUCUCCCUUCUUGAAUACUGAUUGGCUCAACUCCUUUCAUGUGUUCUGCUUCUUGUUGAACUCCUCCCUCCCCCCCCCCCAGGAAAUGUCGGAGAAAUUGGAGACUAGAAUGAUCGCCUGUAGAUGUGGCACCACCUUUACCCUUCCAUUGUCUACCCAGUGUUGAAACAGUCCCAGGACCAAGUGUCUCGCCCCCAACCUCCUCUCCCCACCUCCCCCCACCCCUCCCCCCACCACCGUGCCCCCUCAGUAGUCAAACCUGAGCUAUCGCCUUCCUCAUGGUCUGAGAAUGUAGAACAGGAACAGACCCUUCGGCCCAUCAGGCUGUGCCAAACAUGAUGCUGUAUUAAACUAAUCCCCUUCUGCCUGCCCUUGGUCCAUACCCCUCCAUUCCUUGUAUAUCCAUGUGUUUAUCUAAAAGCCCCUUAAAUGCCCCUGCCUCCACCACCACCCCCUGGCAGUGUGUUCCACACUACUACCCCUCUCUGGGUAAAAAAACC